AUAUUUUUCAUAGUAAUGAAAUAUCAGGGUGCACUUUCUUUCCCCUAUGAGCACAUAUGAUUUCCGAGCAGCAAAACUCAGGCUGCAGACGGCCUUCACUUCAUGAGAGCAUAGUUAGACAAAGACUAAGGGGUCCAGGCUGGCUUGAUAAAGUGCAAACCCAUACCCAGCAACAGUCUGGUGCCAAGGAGCCAUGUUAGUUGAUCAUCUAUCCGCCAACCAAUGUCUCCCAGGCUGCAGAGCCUGGCUUCACUGAUAGCCAAUUUACAGAGAGAUAAGCAGAGGCAGGAGAGCAAGGGGAAAUCACUGCUGAAACCCUGCACAAAGUGAGAGUGUGCUGGAAGGAAAGGCUUACAAACAGAACCUCACACAGAAGCGUAGUGUAGGCAAGUCAAGAAGUGGAGACCAGACAAGUACCAGUAUUCAGAAAGAUCUGGAUGACCAAACUUUUCUCACAUCCAGAGUGAUGUAGGCCUUGAUCAAGUCUAAUUUAAAUUACCAGGUAAUAAAUUAUGUACGUUACUAGUUAAUUAAUGUAUCCCCAAUGAUUCAAGGAAAUCACAUUUGUCUUUAUAUUGUGACUUGCUUGCCGUGUUGAAACAGCAACACUAAAUAAUUGUCUCUACAGAUAAUGCAAAUAAUCAGAAUAGGCCAAUGAAAAGUUCAAGGGAUGGAACAACACUCAGGUGAGGGUAAGACACCUUCACCAGAUUUAAUAGGACUUAGUCACUUUGCUUUGCCAUCACGUGUUGUUUACAGUACACCACUAACACCACCUCCUGGCCAACUGGUGUCUGGAGUUACAUCUCUGUAAUGGUCUCUGAAAACCUGGAAAGGAGGACACUGCAAAUAUAGAAAAUGCUGUCUUUGCAACAUUUUAUAUUCGUGAACCUGUGACUUCACACGUGCCAAAAUACUACACUCCCCCCAACACACACACACACACACACACUUAGAUAUAAGAUGCAGAUACUUCAACUUCAUUAUUUUAUUUUUCAAAGAGUUUCCUGCCAGAGGUAUCAGAGAAGUGUGAAAACAGCUUACAUUUGCAAAAGUAACCAUUGAUUCUGGUAGGUUUUAACAGAGGCUAACUGAGAAAACAAAAAAAAGCUGAAAUAAAGGAAAAGCUUUAACAGAUCCUCUUUCAAGAUCUUAAUUUCAGCAUUUUAAACUUCAGACACUCACAAUAUCUGUAAUGGACCUUCCCCACUCGAUGUUAAGAAUGAUUCACCAUUCACUUUUUUUUUCUCCAUAUGUUUUUCAGAUAUGAAGAUCAUUCAAAAAUGCAAAGAGUAACCACUGAACUUCAUUUGCUUUUAGCACAGGCAACAAAGGACAGGUUUGUCCUGUUGUCACUCAUUGACUUUAUCCAGCUGUUUUCAAGCAUUUAAAAGGCUUUGACAUCUUCUUGAUCUUUAAAACUCUUAAUAUUCUCCAGUUGUGAAACAUAGCAUGUCAAGGACUUACCUUGGAAACUGCUCAGGAGUUAUUGCUCAUAUAUGUUAGUUGUCCCAGACACUUUCAUUUCAAGAUCAUUUAAGACCUGACUCAAGAAAGAUAUCUUCUUAGCUUUGACUUUAAAGACCACAUUUUUUACAGAAAAAUGUACAGAAUCAGUAAACUGUGUUUUUGCUUUUAAAUUAGGCCAGGAACACGGGGUCAACUUCUCAUUUUAGCUAAUCCUAGAAUGAACAACCAACAGCAGAUGCUCCUGCGACAUUAGCAGCCUAAUAAAUCUGGAGUUUCCAGCACAACCUGUCCUGGAGAAAUCAGUACUUGGAGGAGUGCAACUCUAUGAACCCCUUGGAAGAAAUCAGAUUAUUAUACUCUUGAGGGAUUCUCAUAGAAGAGAACUUCAGUGUCAUGUUUAGUAGAACAGUUUGUAGGAAAUAUUACUUGAAUGUCUCUGGUGUGUUGUAAGUGCAGACAUUUUACAGAUCACCACAGUGCUCUGUUCAGCCAGCUUGGAUUGAAAUAUGUCUUUCUGUUGAAUACAUAAUUCGCCCAAUUGUGUUAAUCAUUCCAUGAACCACACUAGAAGACUGAAAUAAUCAUUUGAAAAGCUAGUGGAUAAUAUACUUAAGAUCAUCAUACAAAAUGGUCUAAUUGAUUUUCAGUCAGUCAAAGCAACAUCAGCUACAGCCCAUUAGGAGAAAAAGAAAAGGUGACAUCUUCAUCAAUCUUGGCUAUCAGAGGAAAUCCGUGAAAAUCACUGAAGAGUUUUAUGUGGGUAGCAACAAAAUCAUCUCUUGCAUUUGGUAUUCCAACUAUCCCCCUAAAAAUCCUAAUUUUAAGCAAUCAGCUAGUUUAAUCAUAAAGAAAAAAUACAUGAAUUCCAACCUGAGUGCCUCAAGUCUCUAGACUAUUGCUCUGCUUCAUCCUCACCACAAAGAGACAGUAACAUCUCUCUAUUACCGUACAGCAUGAUGAAUGGGAGAAAACAUCUCAAUGCAUAUCAUCAUCAUAAAUGUGUUGGGUGCAAUUUUAAGAAAAUUAUAUCUUAUAUGUGGUCUGAAAUCUGGUCUGCUAUCAAUAGGAAAUCCCAGAAAGCAUCUUAUUUGGAGGCUGAAUGCAUUAAAGACUCUCUCUUGUCAAAUUGGGAAGAACUUUCCUUGACAUUUGAGGGGGCAAAUCCACCAGGAUGCUCAGCUGACAACACAACAUAACUCAUCAAGUCAUCAUUAAAAAGCUUUAAGUCCCAGUUUGAAUAGUAAACUGGCAAGAAGGGUGGUUUGGUUCUUUAGGUGGCAAAAUAGCUUUUGAGAUAAGCCAGGAGCUCUCUGUUCCAGAUGUCAUGGCCUAAUAGUCAAGGCAAGACUCCUGCAGCUGCACAGAAGGCUUUUCUUAUCCAACCAGCUUGCUUGGCUAGCUCCUUCUCCAAGCUAUUUACAGUUUGAACGUCAGGGGGAAAAUAAAAGCAGUAUGGCCACAUCAAGAGCCCUACAGUGGGCGUUGCCUUUCUGUAGCUCAGUUCUAUCCGCAAAAUAGAGAUAAUCGUACUAUGUUCACAAUAAGCAAUAUUAUGAUCACUUUACUAACACAGCACAAGCUAAUUAAUACAGGUAAUUUUUAUACAUAUAGCUCUUAAAGCCACGUAAGAAACCUUAUAAUUCCUUGUAAGAGAGACUGUCUCUAAGCAUAAUGCUACUGGCCUCCUGAAAAAUCACCAACUCUUAAAAAUGGGGACAAUGCUGUUAUAAUGGAGACAGUGUGCUAAAAAAGUCGGUCUAAGAGCAAACUAGCAGGAUUUUGUAGCUCAGGAAACCAGAACUGUGAUUCUAAUCAGCUGCUGUUAUUGAGAGAAGAGCAGAGGUUUAGUGUCGGAUUUGAGAGGGCAGAACUACAGAUAAAGAUUAAUUCCUAUAGAAAAUGACUGAAUCUUAAUUCUUCAAAGGAUAGGAAAUGUAAACAGAUUACGUGGACAGUCCAUGUUUCUAUACAUAUGAAUGGUCAUCCUCAAAGAAAAAAUAACACGGUAAUUGUAAACACGCUAUUUGUACUCUUGUUUUAAGAGUUCCUGUUGGUGAGCAUGAUGAAAACUCGUAGUUUUAGAUUGCAGCUGGGAUUUACAAAGCACACAGGCUCAGAAACUGUAGGAAUAAAUGAGGAUAAAAGGCACUCAAAGUGUAAAGGUAGCUUUCUACCACAUGAAUAGGGUCACACAUGAAUAGGUGCUAAUCCAUUUCUAGAACCCAGUUUUUGCUCAUCCUUUAUGUAUGCAAUCAUAUCCAAAUCCCACCAAGCAGCUUUGUAAUUCAGCUGGCUGAGACCACUGCAGGAAGCUGGAGGUAGUCUCUGCAGCUCAGUUAUGGCUAGAGGUGUUCCGGGGGGCCUGAGUGGACACAGACGCUUUCAAGUUAGGGUUGAUUUGUCUGUAACAUUAUUAUUAUUAUUAAUUAUUAUAAUUAUUAUUAAUUCCUCACUGUUUUUCAGCCCUUCUGUAGCCAAGCGUGUAGACAUGGUGAGCAGCAUUAUUUAUGGCCAUCAUGGCCUGGAACCAGUCAGAAAAGCAGACAGCUACUAAUGGAGUAUCUCAAAGCUGCAGCGUUGUAACCCAGCCCACGCUCAGCAACAUGAUGCUGCUGCAAUCCUCCCAGCACUGGUGUCCAGGAAAAAAAAAAAAGAGUAUUACUGGAACAUGAGGAGCAAUGGUUACUGUGUCAGAGCACACUGCCAACCUGAGAGAAUUAAACGAAUGAGUGACACAAAGAGUCCAUUCUACCUUCUUUCUCACCUUCCACUAAAAAACCUUCCCCACCUCCAACACCAACUAGAGAUCAAGACCUGUUGUUGAGAUAACAUGAGCUGAAAGGCUUACAAGGUGUUAUACAGCAUGGCACGUUUGAGAUCCAAAAAAGCACUUAGAAACUUCAAAAGCCAUGCAGGCCAAAUUCAGGUGAUUCCAGAAUACUAAUCCCCAAACAACAUUAUUCCUCUGAAAAAUAUUUAACCUUACGCUCAACAGAAAAUCCCUGCAGUUCUGCUCUGCCGUGUACAGAGAGACACAGCAGCACCAAUUACCGUUGAGUACAGAAGCCAAAGCCAGUCUUUCUUUACAACAUCACUGGAUAAGACAGGCCUGGUGAUUAGAGUCCUUGCACUUCCAGCCCAUCAAGUUUAACGCUGUUUUUUUCCUGAAAUACCCUGACAUCCACAUAGGAGUUAGCUUUGGCCACUCAAACAAAAUGCUAAGAGCACUGUGCCAACUAGAGCAGGAUCAGGCAUGUGUACAGGAGAGCACACAGGGUCCUUCAGCUUCCAAGGCAGACAAAAAAUAAACAUGAAGCCAAGCAGAGCAACAUGCCUAGCUCUCAAUCUGGAUGCCCUCACACAACAUUCAGCCCCUUUGGAGAUGCCCUUGAGUAUCCUCCAGGUCCUGCUCCGAAAGAUCACGAGUCUCUACAGGUCCUGUGGCACAGCUGCAGAAACCUUGGCCUCCUUACAGCUCCAAUGAAUGCACUGCAUGCCUGGUUAAAGCAAGGGAAUUGAGCAUCUUGCAAGUUUAGGCAUCUCCAGAAGAAGCAAGCAGUCCAAGGAUGGCUGUGGUCUCACGUGAUCAGUGUAAGUCAUCAGUAGCAGUCUCACAUGACCUGCUUUGCAUGUCUCAUGCCCUCAUUAAAUCAAGCCCAAAGCCCUUAACCUAAGCAAAUAGUUGGCUCUGGGACAGCCCAUAAGGAAAUAGGUAAAACAAAACACUUACCUGAAGUGUUUUGGCGUGAAGGAAACUCAGCUGGAAAUCAAUGAUUUUUUCCAACAGUAGAGAAUUCAAGAGAAAACUUAGAUGGACAAGCUUCUGAAGAAUAUUACUUUGAAUUUGCUGGCAAAACUAAUCAGCAGCAAGCAUUCAAAUAUACACGAUUAUUUCCUCAACCACAGCUCUGCAAGCUGUAAGAUUUCCUGCUGUGAACAUCAGUAGGAACGCGCUGGACAUCAGAAAUGUGAAGGGAAUGGUUCCUCAGCUGAGUGUAUGCUCAGCCACACCCCAGGUGCUGCACGUCCCAGCAGCAGUGCUGCUCGCUUAGCAUAUGGCUGCAGAUGAUAGUUCACAAGUUAUGAAUCAGCAUUGCGUAGUUAUACAGGUGAUACACAAAGCAAUUUAGAGCAGGAAGCCAUCACUUCCAAUGCUCCAAAACUGUAUUUCUGAUUUUUAUGUCUCUUUCUCCCACAAUUACGUUUUCCUCUGACUUCAUCUGCUACUGCUUUGAUUUUGGGCAGUUAUUGAAGAAUGUGAGCUACCUGAGGAUGUAUGGGUAUGGGGUACAGAUGGGUGCCAGGUGCUCUGUUAUGUGUGAGCACAGUUCUAUCAUCUGCUCAUUAAGGCUGAAACAUCAUGUGCUAAAAUGAGUGACCAGCCACAUGCCGCAACUGACUAACUACUGGGCAGGUAUUUAUUCUAUGAAAUGGAAAACAAUGCUGAAAUCCAUAAGGUACUUACAAGUCAAGGCAACAAGUCUGCCAAGCACAGCCCACUCUAGACGUAGGAUCCAGAACAGACUGUAGCAACUCAGUUGCGUGAUUCCAUAACAGAACCCUUUAAGUCAUAUCAAGCACAGUACAAAUACACCCCCUGUGCUUCUGGACCCACUGAGCACAUCUCCACACUUGUAUUGUAAAGGCACCCCUUAUAUCAGAUGCAACUAAGAAUGCCAGGUUUUGGUGCAUGAUCGGAAACACUAUGGCACUUUUACAGCACAUGGCAACUUCCAGUCAUCAGGUUUCACUCCUAGAGUCAGUGAAACACCUCCACUGCUUCUCAUUACCCUAUGAAGUCCUUCCAUAAAAUUAAGUUCUUCAAGUUCACUGUCUUUUCCAAAACAAUAAAAACUGAAUGUCACAAUAAGUUUGCAGAUUCUAAGAGCAAAACCUCAAUUUCUCCAUGUAAGAACCAGACAAAAGAUAUUCGCACAGCUUUCAAUCACAACCAGAGGAACAAAACUAAAGAGACAAACUGCCCUUGUAGGCAAAAUUCACAAUAAGGCCUUCAUUUGCUCUUUGACAAAAAUCUUUAGAGAUACUUAGAUUGCUGAGAUUAUUCAAUGGGCUUGGAAAGAGUCAGGGAAAUGCAACAAACCUCAAUGGCCUCCUUUGCAAAUUUAAUGGCUUUCCUUUCUCUGUGAUUCAAUUACUGAGAGAAACCUAACCCUUCCCCAAGCCGUCACCUUUGAUCAGAGCAGGUAUCCAAUGCUGUUCAGUUUAGGUACAUUUUGUGCUUUUUUCUCAUGCAAAUGUAAAUUGCUGUAGACCAGAUGGCACUUUUGCCAAAUUCGUUUCAUAGAUUUUAGUCUGUUUUCUACCUUUCACCUAAAAGGAGUAUUAUGCACACGGAGAUUGCUUUUCUGUGAGAAGAUAAUGAGAGAUUUGUUUUCUUUCAAAAGUUACAAGAUUAGAUCUAGCUUGAAAUAAUUCCACUGAAACCUGUAGCAUUACAUCAGUGAUUAUUUAAUUGCAUCAUUUGAUUAAAAUAAUAGAAUAACAAAGACAAUCUGUAUUUCAGCUAUUAGUAUUGUGGUGAAGUUGCAUCGUUUUUAGCAAAAUAUUUACACUAAUCAUCAUCAAGUUUAGCCAAAUAUUUCAUGCUCCAAAUUAGUCCUGCAAGACCCACAAAAUCCAAUCCAACCCCAAGGCUGAAGCUGAUCUCCUGAGCUUGAAGAAUCAGUUUGCACACGAGGCCUUUUUCAUGUACAAAGUUGCAAGUAAACCUUUGCCUUGUUCCUGGUCUGUGAAGGCUUGCUAGCAGAGUGGUUCAAAAUGCCUUACCAGCUCCCAGUUCCCAGUUUUAAUCCAAAUGCACAGGUACACGCACACACACACACAAAAAAUAAAUGAACACUUACACUGUCUAUAUUCAGCCACAGCUGGGAGUUAGAAAUCGAAUUUGGGCUUCGGUGCCUGCAGAAAGAUUGCUUGUAAGACUAUAAGACAGAUUCAUUGAGUUAAAUUUUCCUUAUUUUAGAAUUCCUAAUAAGGAUAAUCCCUAGCUAGAGCAAAUCAAACAAUUUAUGAGCCUCUGUUCUUGUUCAGUGGAUUAUUCUUUAAUUCAAUUAAAAUAAAAAAACAAACUCUAACCAAGAGUGUUUAUCUGUUUGUACCUCUUUAAGUAAUCUCAUUAAACUGGUAUGUGAUGGCUUGUGGAACCUGACCCACAAGUACAGAGGGAGCAGCCUAUUUAACAAGAUGCAAUCCUUCUGAUGCUUCAGAUCCAUGUGCAAGUUCAUUAUCUGAAACAAAGCACAGACUUUUAGUGGCUUUUUAAACUUUCUUCAGGGCUUUGAAUAAGUUUGCCAGAAUUAGAAGUCACUCCAAUUAUGUAUUAAUAUUUUCACAUCUUUGUAGAUUCACCUUCACACCAUCAUUGCUGGGCAAGAAUUAGCAUCCCUUACAAUGCACUGCAUCUAUAGCCAUGUUGCAAGCUCCAUGGCAUUAGCUAAGACUCUUCAUGGUCUGGAUUUAGGGCAGCAAAUGCUCUCGUGGAGGUGGGCUCAUACAUCUCACUGGUUCUUCUCUAUAUGGAGCACCCACAGGAGAACUGAACCUGCGUAGUUCAAUAUUUCAGUUUAAGAUCAGAGCUGCUGUGCUUUUCUGUUCCGCUUCUUCCUGCGAAAACCUUUCUACUGCAUGACCCCCCUAACCCAAAAGCCACUUGGAAGAAGACUCACAUUAAAUUCUGCCAGAAAUGAGGCAGAAUUAAACUCUUCCCAAAUGGAAAACUUCACAGAAGGGGCCACUAAACUCAGCUCAGAGGAGCCACAGGACUGGAUCCAUCACUUGUCAUUUUUAUGACUUGUCAUUUUUCUUUAGUUCUGCAAAACAGCAUCACACUCAAGUCCUUUUCCUAGGUCUGUCACCACAAACAGGAUGCUAUGGGUCACAUGAAAAUCUACUAUGACUGUCAUGUGGCAAACACACAGCAUGUGUCAUAGUGAAGGCAAACUCUUUUGAAUGCUCUGUACAGAGGUGAAUUUUACACUGUAAAAUAAUGUGAUGUGUAAUAUAGAAGUGUGAUAAAUAUACACUUACAUAAUGUGAUAUUUAGCAUAUAUUUUACAGUCCUAAAUACACUUAGCAUGGUGUGGUGUAACUAUAUAGUACAAUGGAAAUACGAAAGAUCUCACCUAGACUCAGCUGUGGGCUUUUAGGAAAAAUAAGCAUGAGAUAAUUCCAACGGUGGCAUAUGAUGCUGAAAUUACUUCUGUCCAUCCGCAUGGCACAAAACAUUGACCUUGUCAAUAACUCACUUUAAGACGAACAUCUAAUUCCUAUAAAGAUCUUUUCACUGAGUUCUCUAAGGCAGCUGUGAUUUUGUCACUGCAGAAAUUCUACAUUUUCAUAAGAAACUUGGAAAAGAGAGAAAUUAUGUCAGUCAUACACCUUCAGCAGGUUUCUGAUAUUUCCAAGAUCUGCUAAAAACAAACACCACAGACUAAAGAACUCAAAUAGCAGCAACACAGUCCCAUCUAAGGGAAGGGAAUUGCUUUUCUAUAACUUUUUUUUUCCUCCCACAGUGGACAAUACUGGCGGGCUGAGAUUUAACCAGAGAUGGGCUCCUUUUACAAGAUUGCUUAUAUAAAGCGGAGAUAACGCCAGCUGGGUUCAUUUGAAAGAGGACAUCUUGGGAAGAGCAGGCAAAGCAGCUACUGGAAUAAGACCGCAAUGAAAAUCUGAAAUACUUAAUCCCCUCCUCUCUUGUAGGUAUUGUACUUCAUUUACAGCAGAAUGCAUAGGAUUAUAAUUAGAAGGGGUUGCCUCUGAAAUGUCGUGCGUGUGCUUUUUAUAAAUGUAUUUAGAAAGAGGAUGAGUGAAAAUGCUGAAAUUGAUUUCUUUUCGUGGGAAUACUUAAUGGGCAGGACUUUCUCCUUUACCUAAAUUAUACUGCUUAAUUCUGACACUGUGCUCAGUAAUGCAGAUAUGAGGGCAGAUGCUGGAGAGUGUCUGUAAGGGCAAAAAUAGGAGCACAGCAGUCCCAGCCCCAGCCCUGUGGGGUGCUCCGUGCUGAAGCAUGUUUCUGUUCUCAGGAACCAGCUGGCAGGGCUGAGGCCUGCAGCGGAGAUGGAAACAACAGCCACACAGGAUAAUUACUGCUAAACUUACAGUUUUCGGAACAGAAAUUGUAACAAUUUAAAAAGUUAACAAGAAGUUAAGAUUAUAUACUUCAGGAUAGACAUCAACACAGAAUAAUUUUUGCAUUACAUUAUUCAGCACAGUAUGUAUGUUAGUUGCAUAGUAUUUCUUCUAGUAAUUUUUAUUGUCUCUUUUUUCAGCCCUCAUUGUUUCAGUUUCCUUUAGGUUAUACUAACGUUUCAGGUUUAGAUUCUUUAAAAGAACAAAAAUAUCCUAGAGUAACUUUAAAUCAGCUCUAAACUGAAAUAGUAGAACUGUCUAGUAGUGAUCCAUCGAUAAGAGUAUCUUGGAAAUUCAUGUCUUUUUGAUGCAAUGAAAUUGGGUGACAAUAUCAGCAAUCUUAUUUAUUUCUCUCUGCAAGACUGACAAGUUUAAAUAGUAGCCAGUUUAACAGUUUCAUGUCUUCCAGUUGAGAAGACAAAUUCAGCUUUUUUCCCUGUGUCCUCAGGUCAUUGCAAGAAAUGGUGGCUGUUACUAUUUAUCUGAUGGUCAUCUUGGCUCAAGCUUUUGCGGGGCCCUGCACUCCAAACAAAGCAGAUGUAAUUCUGGUAUACUGCUAUCCUAGAACCAUCAUUACAAAAAUUCCGGAGUGUCCUUAUGGAUGGGAGGUCAAUCAGCUGGCACUUGGAGGCAUUUGUUACAAUGGGGUCCAUGAUUCAGGAUAUUACCAGUUCACAAUUCCAGACCUGUCACCUAAAAAUAAAUCAUACUGUGGGACGCAGUCAGAGUUUAAGAACCCUGUUUAUCACUUCUACAACUCCAUCGUUUCCAAUGACUCCACAGUGAUCGUGAAGAGCCAGCCUGUGAAUUACUCAUUCACCUGCACGUACAAUGCCAACUACUUGGUGAACCAGGCUGCCUUUGACCAAAGGGUGGCCACCGUCCAUGUGAAGAAUGGGAGCUCUGGCUCAUUUGAAAGUCAGUUAUCCCUCAACUUCUACUCUAAUGCCAAGUUUUCAAGUAUAAAAGAAGCCCCUUUUGUCGUUGAAACAUCAGAAAUUGGUUCUGACAUAUUUGCUGGCGUGGAAGCUAAGGGCUUAAGUGACAGGUUCAAAGUUGUUCUCAACAACUGCUGGGCAACGCCCUCCUCAGAGUACUUCUACCAGGUGCACUGGCCUCUGAUCACCAAGGGGUGUGCCUCAGACUUCUCCAUUAUCGUCCACGAGAAUGGGAAAACAAACCGUGCAACGUUUCAGUUUAACGCUUUCCGCUUCCAAAAUAUCCCCAAGCUGUCCAAGGUCUGGCUGCACUGCGAGACGCACGUGUGCGACAGCGAGAAGUUCUCCUGCCCAGUGACGUGCGACAAACGAAAGCAGCGCAUGGAACAAACCGGAGGUGUUUUAGUGGCGGAGAUCUCUGUGCGCAACAAAGGUUUAUCCAGAUUUUACAUGCUCUCAGUCUUUUUUUUUUCUUUUGCAGAUGUUAUCUUCCACCUGUUCUUCGCGAUUGGCUUUUGUGCCAUUUUAUUAUAAAACUCAGCUUAGCUGCGUUUCUUAACAGUUCCCAAUCCUGGACCGGGACUUCUUUACUAAAGAUGUUUAUUUUACAGGAGAAAAAUUAAAGUCACCAACAAUCCUUGUGCACUGUUUCACCAGAUAAAUAAACCAUUCCACGAGCCUUGUGUCUCUAGUAUUGGAGAGCCCCAAAGCAGCUGUGCUCCUCCCAGAUCCAUGCAAACAUUUUAAACUAGGGAAAAUAAAACGGCUAUGUAUUUUAUUGAUGCCUCCUCUUACAGAGCUGUGAUGCCAAUAGUAUUUGUUUCUACACAGAACAUAAGGAUAUUCAAACUCUGCAUUUUUCACUGCCAAAUUUCCCUUCAGCAUCCUCAUUCCUUAUCAGCCUCAGUGUUGUAUCAGACUUCCCUUCAGGCCUGGUCUGCCAAGGCUAUGAACACUUCAGUUUGAUCUGUAGAGCCCCUCAAUGCUAAGAAACCAACCUAGCAGUCAACAAUGGCAGAAAAUAGUGCCUUCUAUGAAGCAAUAGUUCAGAA